CACUACGUCCACGAGGACGAGCACCACGCCCAAGCAGGGUACGGCCCAGACGACGACAGCGGCCUCUACUCGGACGACGAGGUCGCACAGGCCCUCCAGGGCCACACCGGCCAGGGCCGCUUCCAGUACCACCACCACGACGACCCCGACUACGCCCCCGACGACGACGACCAGCAGCAUCCCGACCACGACCAAGUCGAGGGCAACCCCGACGACAACGACCUCGACGACACGGCCUCCUUCUCCGACUCGCUGUCGUCGUCGCCCUCGAUCCCAGACGACGACAUCGACUUCAACCUCGUGUACGCCCUCCACACCUUUCUCGCCACCGUCGACGGCCAGGCGAGCGUCGUCAAGGGCGACAAGCUCCUCCUCCUCGACGACUCCAACUCGUACUGGUGGCUCGUCCGCGUCCUCAAGACCCAGGCCAUCGGCUACAUCCCCGCCGAGAACAUCGAGACCCCGUGGGAGCGCCUCGCCAGGCUCAACAAGCACCGCAACGUCGACCUCACGAGCGCGACCCAGGCCGACGUCCUGAGCGGCCCAACCUCGACCGCCGCCCAGACCCGCUUCGUCGGCCGCAUCCCGCCCUGGCAGCAGCCGCACCCGCACGAGUCGCGCCACCCGUACUCGAAAGGCGUCCCGGCCUCGCCCUCGCACAAGGACCACCCGCGCAACAUCUCGCCCUCGGGCCUCGAGCGCCCGGCGAGCAGCAAGGCCAAGACGGUCCUGUUCGCCGCGCCGACCUAUUAUGCCCACUCGGCGAGCGGCAUGACGAGCGAGGGCGAGGACGACGAGGGCGAGAGCGUCGGCGUCGGCGGCGACGAGGGCGACUUGCUCGAGGAGGAGGAGGGCGACGACGAGCACGGCGAGGUCGAGGGCCUCGGCAUCGACGAGCGCGACCUCGGGCCCGAGCGCGACGGCGACGACGACGACGAGGUCGAUGCCGAGGGCAGGCGGCGGCGGUACAGCCGGCCCGAGGACGGCGGCGACGAGGGCGGGUUCGACGAGGACGACGAGGACGAGCGCAUGCACGAUGGGAGCGACACCGACGACCGCGCCCGCGACGAGUACGGCCGGCCAGUCGCCGCCCGCUCCUCCUCCUCCUCCGCCUCCGCCUCCCACCCUCACGCCCUCACCCCCGCAUCCGCACCCGCACCCGCAUCCGCACGCCUCGCCGACACCGACGCCGACGCCGACGACCUCAGCCCCGAGUCGCGCCGCGGCCACUCGCCGUACGCGCUCGACGCGGGCGCCGUCCCGCCCGAGGCGGCCGAGCACUGGGAGCGCGAGCGCGACGCGGCGCUGCACGCGCAGCACGAGGCCGCUGCGGCCGAGGCGCGCUGGGCCCGCGGCGGCAGCGCGCAAGGUCAGGCGCACGAGCCGCGCUCGCCGUCGAGGGGCCCGCUCACGGUGCAGGACCUCGCGCCGCCCGUGUCGCACGUGCCGGCCGACCUCGAGCUCGGCAUGUCGCUGUCGCCGACGCAGCUCGCGCCGCAGCCGCACGCGCAGCGCGUCGCCUCGCCGCCGACCACGACGCGCUCGCCCCUCUCGUCGUCGGCCUCGCCGCCGCUCUCGUCCUCGACCGCGUCGGCGUCGGCCUCGGCGCUCGACGACGGCCUGUUUGUCGACCCGGCGGCGCCGACCAAGAAGCUGAGCGCGACGCCUCGCAUCGCGCGCAACAGCACGACGAGCGCCCUGAGCGCCGGCAGCGCCGCCGAGUUUGACGAGAUGCUCGGCCUCGGCAUCAACGGCGGCGAGCAGCAGCAGCAGCAGCAGCAGCGCGCCUCGACGGCGUCGCCGUACGCCGGGCCCGUCAGCUCGAGCUCGGCGCCCCGCCCGGGCUCCCUCGCCCGUCCCAGUCCCGGUCCCGGCCCUGGCGCCGGCGGGCCACCGCCACAGCGCGUGCGCGGCGUCGACCUCGUCGACCCGCGCGACCCGCGGUACGACCGCAUGCUGCAGCCGACCAAGCAGGCGGGCGAGGAUCUCGUCUACGAGCGCAUGGUCGCGCAGCAGCAGCUGCGCGUCGGGCCUGCCGCCGCCGGUGGGCCGCCGCAGCGCGCCCAGGGGCGGCCGUCGAGCGGGCUGUACGCGAGCGGCGACGAGGGCGACGAGGCGCAGCUCGGCGCGUCGGCGGGCUCGUCCAACGUCGGCGGCGAGGGCGACAAGCGCGCGUCGACGUCGGCGGACAAGAAGCGCAAGAGCGGCGGCGGCAUCAUGAGCUUGUUCCGCAAGAAGGACAAGAAGAAGAAGGGCGACGAGGGUGCCGUCGCGGCGGGAGCAGGAGGAGGAGGAGGAGCGGCGGCAGGGUUGCGCAGCUCGGAGGACAGCGCGCAGGGCGGGAGCAGCAGCCCGACGAGGGGCGCGUUCCGCCGCAGCUCGUCGUCGUCGAGCCCGAGCCUCGGCGCGAGCGAGCCCCGCUCGUCGGCCGACCGCGGCGGCAGCUCGUCCGGCCACGGCGGCCCGCCGUCGUCGUCGCGCGCCCAGGGCCCGCCGGGCGCAGCGACGGCCGAGUCGAUGUUCUCGACCGACGCGGCGCUGCGCCAGCAGGAGCUCGAGGCGCGCCAGGCCCUGUUCCACCAGUACGGCGUUCAGCGCUCGCCGGGCGACGUCAGCAACACGAUGACGCCCAGGGGCGCGCCGGGCGUCCUCGUCGUCAACGACGAGUACCAGGGCCCGAGCGGCACGAGCGUCGGCGGCCCCGGCGGCAGCAAGCGCAACUCGAUCCAGCUCCUCAACUACCCGGGCGCGCUCUCGUCGUCGUCGGUCGGCCCGAAUGGUGCGGCCGGCUCGCCGUCGGCCUCGUCGCUCGCGCCGCCGCAGCGCAUGCGCCCGGGCAGCCUCAUCGGCUCGCCCAACAUGGCCGGCGCCGGCGGCCUCGAGGUGCCUGUCCUGAGCGUCAUGCGCGUCUUUACCGGCGCCCAUAUCGACUCGGAGGCGACGUUCAAGACGGUCCUGCUCAACGCGACGACGACCGCCGCCGACCUCGUCAAGCAGGCCAUGCAGCGCUUCCGCCUCACGGGCUCGGACGUGACGCGCGACGACUUUUACCUCACGGUCAAGGAGCUCGGCGGCGACGAGCGCGCCCUGCGCGACGACGAGCACCCGCUGCGCGUGUUCGAGGACCUGUCGGACCGCAGCGCCGAGGGCGACGAGGCGGGCGGCUUCCAGCUCCCGCCGAGCGUCAAGCGCUCGUCGAUCGGGAGCAUCAACUCGAUCUCGAGCAACCUGUCGAUGCACCCGGCCAUUGCGAGCUCGGGCGUCAACGACUGGAGCGACGACUCGGCCGUCAAGUUCUACCUGCAUCGCCGCGGCGGGCCUUCGUCGCCGCUCGUCGGGUCGCAGCCGGGCGACCAGGGCGGUCCCGCCGACGCCUCGUUCGCCAACCCGUCGUCCCUCGACCACCACGACAGCACGGCAUCGUCGAGCGACGUGACGGCGACGCAGCAGCAGUCGUUCCUCGGCAGCAGCACCAGCAGCAUGGCGACGACCGCGCCGUCGUACCGGUUCGCCGUCCGCGUCCUCAUCCACCCGUCCGACCUGCCCGAGACGGUCGUGUUUGACCCGUCGAGCACGGCCAUCAUCCCUCGCGCCGUCCUCGCCGAGCGCCAGUCGCGCGCAGGCGGGUUUGCCGACCCGUCGCCGGCCCUCAUGACGCUCCCGCCGCGCGAGAAGGUCAUCUUUUUCCCGCGCAACGCCAACGUGAGCGAGGUCAUCGAGACGGCCCUCGACCGGUUUGGCAUCGUCGACGGCGUCGUGGACGGCGGCGACGAGGUCGAGGACCGCGUCAACCGCCGCAGGAGCCAGGCCCGGGUCAAGUACGGGCUCGCCGUGCAGCGCGACGGUCAAGAAUCGUUCCUCAACGCCUCGAGCAAGCUCCUCGACGCCUACUCGACGGCGCCCCUGUUCAAGGCGUACGACCGCUCCUCUCGCGAGUUCCGCCGUCGCUCGGCCGACGCGACCCUCAUCCUCGGCACGUCGAGCGACGUCCAGCCGCACGACCCGACCUUCGUCAUCCGCCGCUCGCCCGUCCGACCCGGCGCGACCAACCGCGGCGCCGCCCUCCCGCAGACGAUCGACGAGCUCGAGAAGGUGCAGCAGCGUCGUGCGGCUGCCGCACAGCACGCCGAGGACGUCGGCAGCGACGACGAGCAAGAAGUGCUCGAGGACUCGUCGCCGAACCCGGAGGCGGCCCGCGGCAAGAGCCAGCGCGACCUCAUCGCGGCGCAGCGGGCCGCCCAACGCGCCAACCAGAGCGCGCUCCUGUCGGCUCGCGGCAACGACGGCCACGGGUUCGACAUCACGGUCCCGCAGGAGGGCACGAUCCGGUCGUCGCGCGCCGACGAGGGCGACGAGGUGCGCUACUCGUUCGUCCACCAGGACGGCACCGAGACCGACAUCAGCGAGAUCGUCGAGGACGAGUGGCACGGCGGCGCGACGCCGACCAGGGCCAGCUCGUCGCCGGCACCGCCACCGCCGGCGGCGUCGUCGUCGUCGUCGUCGAUGCAGCGCCCGACGCAGGGCAUGUCGCGCGGCGCCUCGGCCGCCACGACGACCGACGCCGAGUCGUUCGUCACGGCGACGGGCUCGCUCGCGCCCAUGAGCGACGACGAGGACGACGACGAGCGCCGAGCGGUCGACGCCCUGCGGAGCACGAGCGUCGACGUCGAGCGAGCCGGCUCGCCUCGCGACCGCCUGCCUCGCUCUCUCGCCCUCAACGGCAGCGCCACCUCGGCCUCGUACCACGACGACCACCUGCGCAGCGCGCUCGGCCCUCGGCCGAUGACGAGCCCCGUCAUGGAGGGCCCGCUCCAGGAGCGGCUCGACCGGGUCCUCGCGCGCGUCAAGGAGGAGAAGGCGCGCCGGGCCGCGUCGCCGUCGGGCAGCUUUGGGUGGCGCCCGCGGUCGUACAUCAGCAACGGCGGCAGCGCGACGGCGAGCGGGCGCACCUCGCCCGCCGCGAGCACCUCGGCCCGGUCGGCGUCGGCUCUGAGCGGGCGCCGGUCGCCGUUUGGCGACGUCCUGCGCGACUCGCCCUCGAUCGACCAGCUCAUGUCGUCGUCGUCGCUGCACAGCCCUCGCACGGGCGCGUCGGGCCCGGGCUCGGGCGUUGGCGCCGGGUCCGGCUCGGCGUCGUCGCCCCGACAGCGGGCCCGCGCCGGCAGCGGCAGCACGCCGUACGAGGGCCACGCCAAAAGGGCGUCGGUCAUCUCGAUGUCGUCGGCGGGCUCGACGGCGGCGACGACGGACCAGCUCUCGACCCCGCUCACGGCCGGCUCGUCGUCGCAGCACUUUACGCCCGCCUCGUCGGCCAACUCGAACCACCGCGCCCCGUCGCAGCCGUCGUACCGCGACGACUACGGGUACGAGACGCUCGCCGCCAUCGUGAGCGCUGCGGCGGCCGCUCGUCCGGCGGUCGGUGGCGCGCGAGCAUCGUCGACGAGGGACUCGAUCGACGAGCGGCUGUUCGGGCGCGAGCUCGACGUCGACAACCUGCACCCAGAGGUGCGUCGGGCGUACGAGGUGCCCGCCAAGACGUUUGGCGACCUCGACGAGCGCCUCGACGCCCUCAUGCGCGAGCUCGUGUCCGUCUGA